AUGUUGCCAUUAGAUGUAUCAAAAAAAAAAGUAAAUGCAACCACAGGUAUGACAUGUGAAACUUUCUCGACAGACCAAAAUGCCAUCAGAAUCCAGCUCGUUAAUGGCUCAUCAGAAAUCAGUGGUAGAAUUGAAAUCACUCGUGAAAGAACAAAAGGAAGUGUCUGUGAUGAUGAAUUUGAUGACAAUGAUGCAAAAGUUAUUUGUAGAAUGAUGGGAUACAGUACUGGAGAAGAAAUUCCAAAUAUAUUUGGAGAUGGGGAAGGUGUCAUCUGGCUUGAUAACCUCAAUUGUACUGGAUCAGAAUAUGGAGUUGAAAUGUGUCCCAAUCUUUCUUGGGGAAAGCAUAAUUGUAAACACUCUGAUGAUGUUGCCAUCAAAUGUUUCAAAAAAGAUGUCAGAAUCCAGCUUAUUGGUGGCUCAUCAGAAAUCAGUGGAAGAAUUGAAAUCACUCGUAAAGGAGUCAAAGGAACUGUCUGUGAUGACCACUUUGAUAACAAUGAUGCAAAAGUUAUUUGUAGAAUGAUGGGAUACAGUUCUGGAAAAGUUAUUCCAAAUAUAUAUGGACAAGGUCAAGGUGUCAUCUGGCUUGAUGAUCUCAAUUGUACUGGUUCAGAAGUUGAACUUGAAAUUUGUUCCAAACUUUCUUGGGGAAAGCAUAACUGUGGACACGAUGAGGAUGCUGCCAUUAGAUGUAUCAAAAAAGUAAAUGCAACCACAGGUAUGACACCAACUUUCUCGACAGACCAAAAUGCCAUCAGAAUCCAGCUCGUUAAUGGCUCAUCAGAAAUCAGUGGUAGAAUUGAAAUCACUCGUGAAAGAACAAAAGGAAGUGUCUGUGAUGAUGAAUUUGAUGACAAUGAUGCAAAAGUUAUUUGUAGAAUGAUGGGAUACAGGUAA